GACAAAAGCCUAAUUCCCCUCCCCUUUUUUCUUCCCUGAGCCGUCCCCCCCUUCCCUCCCGUGAACCACUGCACUUUCUUCCUCCCUCCUAUCUCACCGCACCACCCCCGAACGUUCAGCUCAACGCAUGUAACGGCUGUCUCCAAGGGAUUUCUCACACGGUUCUUGUGCUCCAUUCAACAAAUCCUCCUUACAACAACAUCCAAACACAAUUCUCCGCCACCGGUUUACAGCAAACUCCAGUCGCUGCCAUCCCUCUUGAACCCCAGAAAAUAGCUGUUACAGUCAAGACCACUAUCAACAAAUGAAGCGGGUCUUUAAGAUCUCAGACGUGGCCCAAGCAGAGCUGUUUUGCUUCGCAAAGCCGAAAACUCUUACUUCCUCACCAUUCAUCUUUACCCUCACCAAGUCCUCUAAUCACCAACUCGAGACUCGAGACCUCAAUGUCCAAACCCAACGUCCCUCCAAACCCAACUUCUAUAGCAUCGUUAGCUUGUUCUGGGACAAAUUAUCCCCCUCUGAUUCACUAGCCAGGGAGGAUCUGAGAAACAAGGUGACGCAGUUGAGAGUUGAAUUGGUUAUGAAUUUCGAAGAUACUGAUAAGAUUGCAAGUGUUUUGAAGGAGAAGGGGGACUCUUUAUUUCGGAGUUAUUCUGAUGGCUCCGCUUGUGUUGAGCUUUUGAAGCAGCUGGGUUCAUGGCCUCACCUAGCCCUAGAGGUUUUUAAUUGGAGGAGAAAACAGGCGGAUUCUGGCAUUCCCAUGACUUCGGAGGAGUAUGCUAAGGGUAUCACAGUUGCUGGUAGAAAUAAGGAUGUUGGUCUGGCAGUUGAGCUGUUUACUGAGGCUACCAACAAGCGAAUCACGACAACAUCUACUUAUAAUGCACUUAUGGGUGCUUAUAUGUUCAAUGGUCUUGCUGAUAAAUGUCAGUCAUUGUUUCGGGACCUGAAGAAGGAAGCAGUUUUUGGUCCUACUAUUGUAACAUAUAACAUUCUUAUUUCUGUGUUUGGUCGUUUGAUGCUAAUUGAUCACAUGGAGGCAACUUUUCGAGAAAUAAAGGAUUCAAAUCUCUCCCCUAAUAGAAGCACAUACAACAAUUUAAUUGCUGGAUAUGUUACAGCUUGGAUGUGGGAUAGUAUGCAACAAACUUAUGAGAUGAUGAAAAUCAGCCCUGUUGAUCCUGACAUUAACACCUACUUGCUAAUGCUUCGGGGUUAUGCACAUUCAGUUAAUUUAGAAAAGAUGGAGGAAACAUAUGCAUUGGUAAAGCAUCAUGUUAAUGACGAAAACAUUCCAUUAAUCAGAGCCAUGAUAUGUGCAUAUUGUAGGAGUUCUGCAACAGAUAGAGUCAAAAAGAUUGGAUCCCUAAUGAAGCUCAUUCCGGAGGAGGAGUAUAGGCCAUGGUUGAAUGUGAUGUUGAUUAGGGUUUUUGCUCAAGAAGAUUGGUUGGAGGAGAUGGAGAACUCAAUCGAUGAGGCAUUUGAGCACAAAACCUCUGUAACAACAGUGGGUGUUAUGCGGUCCAUUGUUGCAAGUUAUUUUCGGUGUAAUGCAGUGGAUAGGCUUGCUAAAUUUGUGAGGCGUGCAGAAUUUGCUGGCUGGAGAAUCUGUCGGUCCCUGUAUCAUUGUAAGAUGGUCAUGUAUGCAUCACAGAGGCGCUUGCAGGAAAUGGAGAGUGUCUUGAAUGAGAUGGAAAAUUUUAACCUUGAUCGCACGAAGAAGACAUUUUGGAUAAUGUAUAAGGCCUACUCUAUGUGUGAUAAAAAACACAAGGUCAAGCAAAUAUUAGGAUUGAUGUGUAAGCAUGGUUAUGAAAUUCCUUUGCAGGCAUUUCCGUCGUAACUUAUCUUUCAACAGCAGCAUAUUAGAUGCCAGUAUUGUAAAAAACAAUCAAUUGAUUGUUGUGAUAGAUUAACUGCACCUGCUUGAUGGGAUUUAAGGUUCAACUAAUUGAAAGGUACACAGCUAGUCUCAUACUUUU